AUGAGCAGCGGGCGCGAGAGCACCACCAGCAGGUGGCCGGAGCUCGCCACCCUGCGGGCGCUGGCGCGCGACGCCGCGGAGCAGCUGCGGCUGCCGCGCUCCGGCGUGUCGGCGGCGUCGGGGUCGGCGGCCGGGAGGGAGCCGGCGGGGUGGCGCGGGCGAGAGGACCACGUCCACGUCCACGGCAAGACGGCCAAGGUGAUGCACCUGCUGCUCUGGGGACCCAAGUGA